AUGGAUAUUGAGCAUUCCGUGCUUGACAAUGGUUUCAAAUAUGGUUAUCAGGUAACUCAGACUGAUAAGCAAGUAACUCUGACCUUUAAUUUCAUUGAUCCUGUUCAUGUUGACCAAUUUACAAUAAUGUAUGACUCAAACAAGCAUAAUAUUAUAGUAAAGAGGAGGAAUAAAGAUGUACUCUUACAAGGCCACUUAUAUGAUGCAGACGAUUCAGUAAUCGAGCACUCUGUAGUUGGCCGAUCAUUGAUAUUAAAGAUCAAUAAGCAACACUACGACCCUUGGCCUGUUGUUAUUAACUCAGACCUUGAUGGUGACAUUGAUGGAAAAUCCGCUUUCUUACUUUGCCUUCUCGAAGAUGCACAAUCAAACUUUGCCAAAGCUUAUGAAAUGCUAGAAAAAGCAGUCGAAAUGGGUUAUAUACCAGCUAUACUAUAUCAAGCUUCCGUUUUGUGCAAUCCUGAGAACCCAUACACGGUCACAAACAUAGAUAAAAGUCUCGAACUUUAUGGAAGCGUUUUCAAGAAGACAUCAGAUGCUACUGUCGGAUUGGACUAUGCUAGACUUCUCUUAAAGCACGAGAGAUCAGAGGAAGCUGAAAAUAUUCUCCUUCAGAUUGAAGAUAGGAAUUUGGAUGCUAAAUAUGAGCUUGCCUGCCUCUAUAUGGAUAAGCUUGGAAAGCCAGAAGUAGCAUAUCAGCGGUUCAAUGAACUUAAUCAUAAGAAUUAUCGCGAAGCUAUGGUAAAGCUCGCAUACAUGCUCGAAAAUGGCAUUGGAACAGAAGUUGAUCGUGUUGCAGCUGAUAUGAUGCGUAGGUCAUACCAAAAUCUUCCAACUAAUGUUGACUUAUCAGUUCAACUUUCGCCGAAGAAGGCUAAUCUUCAAAGGUCAACAGAAACACUCGAGAUUUCUCCAGUUGCCAAGGUCGCACCUGAAAUUAGUAAUGAUAUUAUUGCUCACGAAAUUGAACGACAGCCAAUCCAAAAAGUUGUCAGUAGUUCAAUGUUUACAGAGGUAAUGCCAAAAGAACCUGUUAAGGAGAAGGUCAAUACCGCUAUUGGUGGUGCCUUUGAGCAUGAAAGAAUAUCUAAUUCUCCAAGAAAAGAAAUUAGUCAAGGUUCGCACUUUGAUGUUGAUGAACAAAGGCAACUCCUCGAUAUUGCUCAAGCUCAUAACUACGGUGAACCUAAGCCAACAGAUUGGAAAUUCAUUGGAACAAUGGUUGCAAUUGGCGUUGGUGCCGGCUUGGCUACACAUUGGCUUAUCAAGCUUAUCACAAAAGUAGCAAAGAAGAAAGAAUAA